GGGAACGGAAGGAAGCUCGGGGUGUGACAAUUGUGGUUGGAGAGGUAGUGGACCAGCAGGUAGAAGUGAAUCGAGAUUCUUUACUUCCAGUCUCAGGCGCAUACGAUGGGAUCGCUCCUCCGAGUGUGGAUUCCACAGAUGAGCCUCUAGAAAGAAUACCUUCUCUCCCUCCUCCUCCUCCUCCUUCAUCUCCUCCAGUAGAGUCUAUGUCAGCGGGAGUAACAAGAGAUGUCCCGUUGCAGGAGGUCUCUAGUCCUCUUCCAUUGAGUACACCUUUGACAUGGCCGAGGCGUGGCCAGAGUGGCGCAGUAGCACUUGGAGGUAGCGUGGAUGAGGGAGAAUUAGGCGCGCUUGAUAAUGUCAUGACUGGUGGUGGCGAUGGACUUGGAGUAUCGCAUGGAGGAGGAGGUGGCCAAUCAUCUAGUAGUGGUACGAGUGUAGAUGGAGGACUUCAAAAUUGUUCGGUGGUGGAGGCUGGGAUUAGUAGAUGCAUCGAUAAGGAAACCGAAAUUCUCGAGUCACAUAGCAGAAAUAGAAAUGUUGGAACGCAGGAGUCGUGGUUCACCACUGGUGUGCCGAUACCUCCGCCGCCAAUUUUGCCUGCCUUUAGUUCCGAAAUGGUGGCUGGAUCAGUUCUUUUUCCAGAAAUGCCGACUUGCUUCGGGCAUGAAUAUGGAGUGGAUUUGACGGCGUACGGUUUCGGAAUUGUUCAAUGGACGGAUUAUCUUUAUGGGCUGAAAAGUACUAGUCAGUUUUUCAAGCACGUCAGUUGUAAGUCUCUGGAUUCAUCAUCUACCAUCAUAUCUAGUCUGGGGUAUCACAAGUGUUAGAAUUCUUCUAAUCAAGGCGAUGCCAUCUGGGAGUAGUGCCAACAAUGCGUCGCGAAAGAUUGUUAUGCCGAUGGAGCUUCUGUUUAGAUUUGUCGUCGCAGGGAGGGCCAAAGUUGAACUGGGAUUGUGACCAUAGAGGUCCGGAGGAUGCAUUUGGUCUUGUAUUGCAGCCAGUGAUAUACAGACUUUAUUAGAUGAGGCAUAUUUCAACAAUAUUAAUUCUGACGAUGACAACGAAAAGAAAGAGUAAGUAGGAAUAUGUUAGGUCUUAAAGAAAGAUGGUAGAGAUCGGAUGUGUGAGAUAAUACUGAGUUUGACUUGAAGUUUAAUCAUAUAUAUGUCGUAGGCGAAGGAGAAAAAUGUAGGUGAAGGAUAAAAAUAAUCGUUAUAUCAUGAUAUUUAAGUUCGCCAAUUUUGCAGAUAAUGAAUAAAAUUUGAUAGGGAGAGGUAGCGUAUAUGUGGGAUGUACUAGAAUGGCCUGACGAAUGUGUUGAAUUCCUUGGCUGGAGAGAGUUUUUUGAAACUCCGAAAAUUUGAGAGACCUUUGAUCUGGUGAUGUAGUUUGUUUCUGAUGGGUUUUUAUUAUGAGAGCGUC